UGGGCGGGCGGUGGAGGCGGGGGGGGGGGAGGGGGGGGGGGGGGGGGGGGGGGGGGGGCGGGGGGGGGGGAGGGGGGGGGGGGGGGGGGGCGGGUGGGAGGCGGGGGCGGGAGGGGGGGGGAGGAGGGGGGAGGGGGGGGCGGGGGAGGGGGGGGGGGGGGGGGGCGGGGGGGGGCGGGGGGGAGGGGGGGCGGGGGGGGGGGGGAGGGGGAGGGGGGGGGGGGGGGGGGGGGCGGGGGGGAGGGGGGGGGGGUGCGGCGGGGGGAGGGAGGGGAGGGGGGGGGAGGGGGGCUGGGGGGUUGGGGGGGGGGAGGGGGGGGGGGCGGGGCGGGGGGGGCUGGGCGGGGGGGGGAGGCGGGGGGGGGCGGGGGUGGAGGGAGCGCGGGGGGGGGGGGAGGGGAGGGGGGGGGGGGGGGGUGGGGGAGGGGAGGGUGGGGGGGGAGAGGGCGGGGCGGGGGGGGGGGGGGGAGGGGCGGGAGGGAGGGGGGGGGGGGGGGGGAGGGGGGGAGGGGAGUGGGGGCUGGGCGUGAGGGGGGAGGGGGAGGGGGCGUUGGGGGAGGAGGGGGGGGGGGGUUAGGCGGGGGGGACGGUGCGGGCGGGGAGGGGGGGGAGGGGGGCCGGGGGGGCGGUGGGGGGUGGGGAGGCGCCGGGGGGGAGGGCGGGGGAGGGGGGGGGGGAUGCCAGGGGGGGGAGGGGGGGGGGCUGGGGGGGGGGGAGGGCGUGCGGGGGCCCGGGGGGGGGGGGCGGGCUGUGGGGGGGGGCGGGGCGGGGGGCCGGGCGCCGGGAGAGGGGGGGGCGGGGGGGGGGGGGGGGGGGGGGGGGUGCGGAGGGGGCGGGGGCGAGGCGUGGGGAGGCGGGCCGGGGGGAGGAGGCAGCCACGCCGGGGGGGGGGAGGAGGGACGGAGGGGGGGCCGGGGGGAGAAGGAGGGGAGCGGGGGGGGAGGGGGGGGGGGUGGGCGGGGGGGGAGGGCGGGGGGGGGGGGGGCGAGGGAGGGGGGGGGUGGGGGGGGGGGGGGGGGC